GUGCCUACUAUUCAACAACUUAUUAGAAACGCGAGACAGCCAAUAGAAAAUAGAACAAAAUCUCCUGCUCUUAGAGGAUGCCCUCAGCGUAAAGGAGUAUGUGCCAGGGUGUAUACUAUCACCCCUAAAAAACCAAACUCUGCCUUACGUAAAGUCGCCAGAGUACGAUUAACCUCUAAAUAUGAAAUCACUGCUUAUAUACCUGGUAUUGACCAUAAUUUACAAGAACAUUCCGUAGUAUUAGUAAGAGGUGGAAGAGUUAAAGAUUUGCCCGGUGUUAAAUAUCACAUAAUUCGAGGAAUCUUAGAUGCUGUCUCAGUAAAAAAUCGUAAACAAGGGCGUUCUAAAUAUGGAGUUAAAAAGCCGAAAUAA